UAAGAGAGAUAAAAGCAAGGGGUUGCUUUGUUACAUUGUAUUUUUCUUUAGACUACGUUCAAACAUAGGCCUUGCAAAUGUAUCUCAACAUUGUUUGAUUGCGAAAUUCAACGAUUACGGAUUCCUUUGAUUUGAACUGCUAAAACUGUAGAUUACCAAUUGCACCAAAAGUCGCAAAACGAAAUUGUGCAGGUGCAGGCUGAGGCCAGAGGCGGUGUGCGCGUGCAGGCGAAGGAGACAGGAGAUUCUAUUGUGCAAUUUGUAACUUGUAAUACACACAAGGAAAACCUGAUCUGGACAUCGAUUAUGUUUAUAUGCAGCUCCUGUGGAGAACGAUAGACUCGAAGAUUUUACAACAAUCAUGUUGUAAGGCUAAAUAUUAUCAUCAUCAUCCGGUGCCUUGCCGACUCAGAUUGGCGUAGGCGUGGGCGAUCAUGGACCUCCACUUCACUGUCUUGUCUUGCGUUACAGACUCUAUGUCAAGACGUUCAAAUUCAAGGAGCUCUCCAGUUUGUGAGGAUGGAAGGUCUUCUGAUCUACACGAGUGACAGUGAGGCAAAUUCCUCAGAUGAAAAUGAAAUCAUCAUCAGUGCAGAGUCAGAGAAUUGUGCGAAAGAUGAAAAGUCACCUAGUUCUAAUCUAGAUGUUGAGCAAGAGAAGACUCGAAUUUGUCAACCAGGUUCCAAGAAGAGUUCUGAUGAAAACGCUCUUCUUAAAUUAACAAAUUCAGAUGUGGAGGUGAAGACAGAUAAGCAAAGUACACAUAUUGAAAAAACACCCAUAGCUUUUUCUGAUUUUUUGGGUUUAGGGUCACAGUCACUCUCUGGAGGCUUUGAUCCAACUGUACAAAACAAUCUGCCCCAGAGUCUUACUAGUGUUUCAAGUUACGAAAGUUUUUCUUGUAAUGAAAUUCAAAAGUCUGUUGAUACCCCUUUUGGAACAGUUGAGAUACCAAAUGGAGACUUCUGGAAAGAUUUUACUCCUGAUAAGGACAUGAUUUUACAAGAAGGUCAAGGGACAGCAAAUAUGACAAGGACAGGUCAUUCUGUGUCAACAGUCGAUUCAAACAGGGCAAGAAAAAGAUCCUCCCAACACAUAUGUGAUAAAGAUGGAACUUACUCUACAUCCCCAGUGUUCAGCAGUAAACGUAGUUUGCACCAUGGUCUUGUAUACAGUUGCAGUAACAGCCAGCAAGAAGACUCUGAUAGCUCUCAUGCCUUGUUGACUAGAGUUGUAAGUCACAGUAAUACUGUGGUGACUCCAGAAAGAUCAAGCUCAAAUAACUCUGAAAGAAAGAUAUUCUUCGUUCACAGCAAGAUUGCUCCUUAUUUACAUUCCAAGACAUCCUGUAAAUGCAGCCAUAAACUUUCAGACACAUGGAAGGCUCAUUCGACUGUGAUAAAUCGACUAAACUGGAAUGUUCCAACUUAUGCCCAUCUUCUUCUCACAGCUGGAAUGAAUGAGGAAGUUCGGGUGUGGAAUGUGUGGUCAACACUGGAUUCUUGCGUUUCUGUUCUGCAUGUUCAUAAAAAGCCUGUAAAGCAUGCUGAAUGGAGUCAUGAUGGGAAAGCAAUACUAUCAUGCAGUUACGAUAGAACAGCUCUAGUUACUGAUGUCGAAUCAGGGAAAGUGCUGUCCACUUGUGAGCAUCCUGGUUUUGUGACAGCAGGCUGUGGCCACCAGUCCAAUCCUUCAUUGUUCAUGACAGGAACUGACAACAUGAUUUUGUUAUGGGACCGCAGAGUAAAGGAAGUUCCAGUUAAAAGCUUCCAAUAUAAAGACAAGUUUGGACAGGUUCAAGACAUCAUCUUCAGCAGUGAGCAGGAAAUAGUGUCUUGCAGUGACCUUGUGGCCCGAGACUCUGCCGACAGAGGCAUCAUGGCAUGGGAUGUUCGGUCUGGAGUUGUGCUGUCGAACCAGAUCUAUCAAGAAAGGUACUCAUGCACAAGGCUAAAAGUCCAUUCCAGUAAGCAGCAGUUCCUUGCCCAGUCACAAGGAGGGUAUGUGGCUCUGUUUUCUACAAGCAGACCCUACAAAAUGGACAAAGCAAAGCGAUUUGAUGGUCACAAGGUUCAAGGUUACAGUGUUGGCUUUGACAUUAGUGCAGACGGCAGCCUUGUAUACAGCGGGAGUUGUGAAGGCGGCGUGCAUUGUUAUGAUCAUCGCAGUGGACGUCUGAUACGCAAACUGGGAUCAGCAGUCGGAGAUGUGAUCACUGAUGUGGCUUGUCAUCCUGUGCUGCCUUCUUUUGUGGCAUCCUGUACCUGGGCUGGCAGUGUGAGCAUAUGGUUUUAAGGACAGUAUUUGCAAAUUUGAAACUUUGUUUUUAUGUCUACUUCACUUGUAUUUGGACUGCUUAUGUUAUUAGUAGGUAUGCAUUACUGAGCGAAAAUGAUUCUUUGCAGGUGAUCGCGUCAAAAAUGAGUAGAUCUAGAAUUUUAAAACGUUAAACAAAAUUUUUUUUUAGUCCCGCGUCCCGAUUUGGUGGCGAUAUUUGUAAGUUACGAAAAAAUGUGCCAACAUGGUACAAGUUGUUAUGCUUCAAGAAAAACAAAACACGAAAAAAAGGGAUUUGGUGAUGAAGAUCAAGGCGGUAACGAUGGUGAUGCUGUAAUGUUGGAAAAGAUGUGCAAGUUAGUCUUUGUGUUAGUUUAUUUCUUCAUUUGGCGCUUACUCAGAUCCCCUCGUAGGACAUAACCCUCAUUCCCAAUUCCUUGUGUAGAGAGACCAGAAAUUUGGAAACAAGUCGCCAUCUUCAGUCCUAAAAUUUAACAAAGGUAUGCCGAAAAAUCACACGAGGGCCCCUUUAAAGUGAUGACAUUGUUAGUGUGUUUGUUGCCCUACUUCUAUGCUGUCCGAAUGUCAAAACCGUGACCGGAGUGGGGCCAAUAACCUUUGUAAUAUUUUUAACUAAUAACUGUUAAUGCAAUUAUGUUCCAUAAAAAAAGGGUGAACUGUACAGGCUGGCUUGUGUGCUUACAAGUUAUGGCUGUCUGCAUUUGUCACAGAUCCCGAGGCACUUCUGUGAUUGUUGGAGAAUGUAAAAAGUCUGAAAAACCAUGCCCAGACUACCAGGGAAUUACAAGGUCGCCUCUUCUUAAAAUGCUAGCAGUGAAUUCAUCGAUAAUACAAACAUAUAUACGUGCAAAAUAAUACAUAUAGACCUACUAAAGCAGGAUUGGAGGACCAGAGAUAAAAUUGCGUACCGCGACAACUCAAGACACCACGGGCAUUAAAAUUAUAAGCCCCAUGUCUUUAAAGAGCUAGUCCUUUUUAUAGACCACGAUUAACGAGAAGGAGAAGACAGACUUGUAAGUAUUAAUUAAUUAAGUGCACAAAAUGUUAUAUCAAUAAUUACUUCCAUAUUCUAUCCCCAUAUGAUAACACACGAUCACGAAUGGCACCAUUAAGUCUGACUACUAAGAGUAUCUCUGUAUAUUGAAGGCAAAUAAAUAAAUGCGUGCACGCCACACAGAGGCACACACACACACACACACACACACACACACACACACACACACACACACACACACACACACACACACACACACACACACAAAUACAGUUUGACCCUUUCUAGAAUCUUCAGAGUCUUCCACAGAGGUCUUGUCCUUGUUGGAGCUCUCGUGAGUGCUCAGGUUGACCGUUGUAUCCUCUUCUUCCCUUCCUUUGUUAACAGACUCAUUCUUAGGGUCGUUCACGUUUUCUACUGGCUGGCUCUGUGUUGUUGUAGCACGGGCUCCCUGACUCUUUUGUGUGUGUGUGUGUGUGAUAGAGCAGAAGCAGUGGUAGUGGUAGAGGCACAUCAGUGACCCUCUUGCCCACAGUGGUAGCACACAACUGUCGGCUUUGGCUGUUCCUUUUCAUAAAGUUUAGCUAUAAAAGAACCGAUCUGUAUCUCAUUAGGGAGGUGGGUGGUAGGCAAGUUUUAGAUUUAAAUUAUGUAAACUAGCAGAUGAACCCUAUGAGCGGGAAUAAGGAAGCAGUCCUAAACCAGUAACAGAGAAAUCUUGGAAGAAGCAUGAAGUAAAAGACAGAAGACUAAGGAAUUAAAGGAGGAAAACUGAUCUGACUCACCUCACCCAUUAGGCCAAAACUUCAGUGUAGACAACAUUGUUUGUAUGCCCAGUAUGUAAUUCAUUUUCCUUUGGCAUGUAGAGGUGCACAUUAUCCCCCAGAGCCAGGGCAUUAUUGUACGAUCUACUUUGCUCGAUACAGUUUAGUUUUACACAUGAGUCAUAGAAAUGGAUUAUACAUGCAGGAGGUUGUGGAGGUUGUUCUACACUCACCUUUCCAUUUUGACAGCAGAAAGACUGCCGUUCAGACUGCCAGCGCAGUGCCUUGCAAUGGCUACAUACAAUGUUGAAAUCACCACAUAAGUGCUUAAGAAGUUGGGCUGGAACCUGCUGCUCUUUAAAAUCUUUUGUAUUGACUGCUCCGGCUGAGCGACACAGUGGUUGUUUUCGUACUGGAUGGUUCACCUUCUGAUUUAGAUUUAGACCCAGAUCUACCUGUGCUAACACAUUUCUUGGUUCUUGUUCCACAAAAUGAAUUCUCUUUCGUUUUGGUGUGAGUCGGGGCUUUUUCGGUGGCAUUCUCAGACAUAAGAACCUUUCAAACAACUUGGACAGGUUUUACGCGCUUCGAUAAGUAAGGUAUUGAGCAGCCGAAUUCGUCCGCCUCGCGGUCAAGUGGUUGAGAUAUUAGAUCUAGCUUAGAUCUAUCAUCUAAGAAAUAAGAUCUACAGAAACAAAAUAUGGUCUAAAUACUUUUGACUUACUUUACUUAAGAUAUUAGAUCUAUUUAAAAAAUGAUCUUACGAUCGUGAUAGAGGUAGAUCUAUAUCUAGCCUUACUUUACUCAAUAACUAAGGUAUUGAGCAGCCGAAUUCGUCUGCCUCGCGGUCAGGUGGUUGGGCUUAUUAUUGCCAGUUGGCGGAAGCUGUCGGAACAAAGGUGAAGUGUUUUUUUUUGGUUUCUUUGAAUUAAUAAUUUUACAGUUUUUGGUUAUUUGCAACAAAACGGCAGGUUUUUCUAAAAAAUUAACUAUCCCAUGCAAAUCCUCACCUAAAUGCAUAGAAAAUUUCACAAUUGUCUGUUAUGCGGUUUAGGAGUCUAUACGAUCCAAAUGUUUUGGGCCACGCUCCAUUAUAAUAUGAUUCCUAUCAACAUGAGUUGGAUCUAGAUCUACUCUGUGUGUCAGAACCUGCAACUUCACUCUGAUUCUGAUUGUCUCCAUCCUCACUAUCACUGAACUCCACAUCAUCUAGAUCUACGUUUGUGAAUCUCGGAUUUAGACCUACUUCACCUGAUGCUUCAGUAUCAUUGUCUGAAUCAAGAUCUCUGUCUUCAAAUUCCAUUACAACAUUUUCCUCAUCGUCUGAUCCAUCAAACAUUAUUUGAUCAAGCACCUCCUCUGUUUGAGACGGACACUUGCGUUAAGCCAUUUUGCUAGAAAAUUUCGUGUUCUUUGUUGCCUCGACUGCCGUUACAAAUCGCCACAGAAAAUUACGAAAAACGACACGAUACGGUCAAGGGGAAAUAAAUGCAAAAUAAAAAUGGCUUAGCAAUGUCGAACAAAAGUUUGUUCCCUGGAGUACCUUCAUUUGUACUGCCACAACGGGGGUGAAAUGCUAUCAGACGUAUGUGAUUGAGAGGUAGAAACACUGUACUUACCCUCUGGCGUCAACUCACGAGCAGGAGAACAUGUGAGGUUCAGUAUGGUGGCGACUCUCCUGCGCUGGCCGGCUCAGAUCACGUCGUCGGGCCCUCGGAGGUCACUUUGCCGGCAGCUACGAAACCGUCAGCCACUCUAGUCUCUAGUACUGAGAUGGAAAAGAAGGGAUCCGCUCAGAAUUCCCGCCUCGCCUUUAUACCCAUGUUUUAGCGCCCCUAGAGUCACGGGGCGGCAACUCUGUUCAGCCCACUCAGCACCCCCUAGUCCCAUGGGCCCGACACUCUCAAUAUUUCAUUACUCCAAUAACGAUGUAUUAAUGUCCGAUGCGUCUUCAAUGGAGCUCAAGGCUCUUGGAUAUAUUUGUCCGAUGCGUCCUCAAUGUGUUAAGCACUGUAUUGGCUUUUCAGCAUCUUUCGAAAGCAAAAUCGUGGAAUCUCCACAAACCGUAUGUUUUCUAAGAAUUGGUGCUCCUCUCAUAUCGAAUCGAUUAUAAUGCAAUUAUUUCCUUUUGAAAGUACUUAAAUUCACUUUUCUUCCAGUAUAUUUUGAGCAAGCUAAUUUCAACUCAAAAUGCAGACAAAUUUCAAUAAAUACUUUUGAAAUGCUUUUUUGAACAGAUUUUAUUGAAAUAUUUGAGUUAAAAGUAUAUGGCUGAAAAACUCAUCCAUUUUUAUAUAAGGACCAAUAUACACAUUGAUGAAAGCUCAGAUGCUUGGAAACAUUCCUUGACCGAGCAAAGGUGAGACGAGAAUAUUGACAGCGAACAUCAUGCUGGUGCGUUGCCUAUAAGCGUGUUUGAGCCUAGCUUAUAUAUGUUCCACCACUUUUCUUUGGGUCACAAGAAGUUCAUUGAUUAUUUUUUAUAGAUUUAAAGAGAAAUAAAUGUUUGUUUAAUUUUUAUUUUACAAUUCAAAGUGCCCUAAUCAGAUUCAGUGACCCAUUUCCACACUGAAGGAACACGAUGUGGAUACUGGUCAACUUUACAAAACCCCCUAUUUAUCUGUAUUGUAUCUCAGAGUUUUAUUUUAUGAUAUAAGCAAGAUGCCUUAAGUGAUGGUGCUAGGAGGAUGCACUGGAGAUCCAUACAAAUGAUGCACACUUUAUUCUCUGGGUUUAGUGCAGCUUCCUCAUCCUUCUCCUUCUCUGCUCGAGAAGCUUUCCUCAUUUAAUGAACUGUGUUUUUGACGUUUCCAGAUUCGAAGCUGGUUCAAAUGCUCCACUGCUCUUUCUUUGGUGAAAACAAACUCAAAUUGUUUUCCUUGAACUCAUGGGAGAACACUUGAUAGCUCAGUGUUUUUUUUCUGCAUCUUUGCACAUUUCUCCAUGUAUACUCGAUGCAGAUCUGACAUGUUCAGAAAUGUCAUCUGCAGUUACGAUUUUGUAGUUGAUUUGCGACAGUAAUGGGAGGGCAUCUUCGCAAGUUUGUCAAAAAAUUCCUCCUUCAGGAACAACUUGUAAACCUUGGAUCUCUCAUAGUGGGCAUGAUGUGUUCAUGGGGGUGGGGAGGGCGCUUUUAUUUUUUAUUCGAAAAAGACUGUAUAUAUACCAGCUGGUCAGGUCUGCAGUGGUCAUGAACAUUGUUUACAAACAGAAGAAAUUCGUUGACCAUUAACUCUUUUUAAGUAAGUGGUACUGAACGGUGUAAUUCCUUCUUGAGUUUUCAUUUGCUGUGUAGGAUCUCUUCUUUUUCUAUCCUGUUUAUCAUGGCAUAUGUACGUAGGCUCUCUUUUCCUUCCAAGAGAGUGACCAAACAUAGUCAAAGCAGACUCUCCUGUUUAAGUUCACGGCAUGUUACACAUCUCCAUUCUAUUGUCGAUUUUGUUGCUCUGUGCCUACAAAACUAGUAAUUUUGUAUUAUCAAGACUACCUGCCUUCUUUUUUAAAUUAUUUUUUCUCUUUUGUGUCCUCAAGAGUUUGUGGCAGACUGAAUCAAAAGUGUAUGUUCACGUGUGUAAGUCAGCGUGCAAACUUUUGUGAGUACUUCUUAAAUCAAAAGUCAUAGAUGUAGUUUCCAUGAAGUGUGUGUGAACCCUCACAGGAAUCAGUCGUGCAUUUGAAGUUGUAGGCUUAUUUACUAAAAAGAAAAAAAAA